AUGAAUUAGAAAGAAGAAGAAGUACAUUCAAGGCGCUCUGUUAAUGAACUACUGAUGCUUCCUUUUCCACAAAAUGGGUAUGAGCUGAAGCAAAAGCCAGCCUGAAAGGAGCAAAGCAGAGGAUGAAUGAAUGGAUGAUUGCUUUUCUUGCCAAUGCGCAGCCUGGAUUGUUAUUUGUUGCACUUCAGAACUAUUAUAUGCUGGCAUAAUUUAGUGGCCCGAUGCCAUGUCAUGACUGGCCCAUAGAGGAAUGAAAAUGACAGGCAGGAGUCAGUCCUGUCACGUUCCCAUGGAGAGUCAAAUGAAUCGGUACCGGGCAGGUGCUUAUCCUUUCCUAUACCCUUCAGUAAUCAGUGGACUUCAUUUGCCUCUCCACAGACUUCACAGCCAAGCGCCAGCCAGUGGGUACAGCACUCCAUCUCCUGCAACUGAGGUGUGGAGUUUGCAUAUUUAUGAAAAUACAAGAAGUUUUACAGACAGGAGGACACCAGUGAGUCCAUCAAGCUUGUUUGCUAUUGAAACGCAAAGCACCAGUUCAGAAGAGUUAGUACCAAGCCCACCAUCCCCGUUGCCACCACCCCGUGUCUACAAGCCUUGUUUCGUCUGUCAGGACAAGUCAUCUGGCUACCACUAUGGAGUUAGCGCCUGUGAAGGGUGUAAGGGCUUUUUCCGGAGAAGUAUCCAGAAGAACAUGGUAUACACAUGUCACAGGGAUAAAAACUGUGUCAUCAAUAAAGUCACCAGAAAUCGAUGCCAGUAUUGUCGGCUGCAGAAAUGCUUUGAAGUGGGCAUGUCCAAGGAAUCUGUCCGGAAUGACAGGAAUAAAAAAAAGAAAGAAACACCAAAACCAGAGAGCUUGGAGAGCUAUGAGCUGACAGCAGAGCUAGAGGACCUCAUUGAGAAGAUCCGUAAAGCUCAUCAAGAAACUUUCCCUUCACUCUGUCAACUUGGCAAAUACACUACAAAUUCUAGUGCAGACCACCGCGUACGUCUGGACCUUGGACUGUGGGACAAGUUUAGCGAACUAGCCACCAAGUGCAUUAUAAAAAUAGUAGAGUUUGCAAAAAGAGUGCCUGGAUUCACAGGGCUGACCAUCGCGGACCAAAUCACUCUCCUUAAAGCUGCCUGUCUAGAUAUUCUGAUCCUGCGAAUCUGCACGAGAUACACUCCAGACCAGGACACGAUGACCUUCUCAGAUGGCCUUACUCUGAACAGAACACAAAUGCAUAAUGCUGGAUUCGGCCCACUCACAGACCUCGUCUUCACAUUUGCCAAUCAGCUCUUGCCUUUAGAGAUGGACGACACAGAGACGGGCCUCCUUAGUGCCAUCUGCCUCAUAUCUGGAGAUAGACAAGACCUGGAGGAACCCUCAAAAGUGGACAAACUGCAGGAGCCGCUUCUGGAGGCGUUGAAGAUUUACAUCAGAAAGCGACGCCCUAGCAAGCCGCAUAUGUUUCCAAAGAUUUUAAUGAAAAUCACAGACCUGCGCAGCAUUAGUGCAAAAGGAGCUGAGCGCGUCAUCACACUCAAACUGGAAAUCCCGGGUUCGAUGCCACCGCUUAUCCAAGAGAUGCUGGAAAACUCGGAAGGCCAAGACACCCAGACGGCGGCUCAGGAGUCCAGCAAAAAAGAACAGAAGAGUGGCAGCUCGUCGCCUGUGUCGGAGGGCAAAGACUCGAUACGGCAGAGCGCCUCGAAGCAAUAGGACUAUCAAAGGACUGAAGACAUUCCUUUCCAAAAUGCAGGAAAAGACGAGGCUCGAAGCGUCUUCACUGAUGCUUGGUCUUUGUUUCUUCUUUGGAUUUUAUAUAUAUAUAAAUAUAUAUAAAAAAAAACAUAUAUCUAUAUAUGAAAACACUAUGGCCUGAAAGGACCAAUGAUUUGUAUAUCAUUCUUAUUAAGCUCUUAAGCAGUUUGGACUUCAAACUCUGCCCUUGAAUAAUAUAAAAAAACAAAAAAACAAUUACUCUGUUGGUAAAAAUGCCGAAGUAAGUGUUUCAAGUCUUCAGGGUUCCAUGAUGUAAAUUCAUCGCAUGAUGGGUUCAGAGCUCGGUAAGUGGGUCAGUCCUCUGCUUCUCGUUGGCAUACAUUGUACAUACCAUUGUAUGGUUAAAGUUUAGUUUUAUUUUGGAUUUGUGGUGCUUUUCAAUUGUCUUAAAUACAUUUACGUUUAAGACAAAGAAUUGAGGUAUAAAAUGGGCUUUAUUAAGGCCUGCAACAUUUGGGUUACAAAGAAACCUCUGGCGUAAUUAGGACGUGAAGUCUAUUUUAUAUCUUCUCCAUCUGUUUUAUACACGCCUCCCAGUUCAGGCACCUGCACCGCUCCUGGCCCUGGAGCCUCCUCCGUCAUCAGCAUUCUUCUGAUGGUCCUUUCGAAGAGAGGUUGGGGGGUUAUCCUAAAAAAUAUAAAUCCCUCCGAGCGUAUCCACUCUCUUCACAGCGGUAAUGAUAGCCUCAAAGGCGAAACACUUCUGAGUGUUGCAAUGUUUCUCCCGCCCGUGUCUCAAAACGGACGCAUUUGGCCGACCCAACGAUUCAUCACACGACACUUGUUGUGGACUCGUGCCCCUCGACACUCGGGCUGUCAAGACCCCCCAAGGCAGCCAGCAAAAUGAAGUGGACUGCAGCAUUUCAACAAUCAACGACGGGCACAAGACUCAACAGAAAUGUCGACUUUCGCAGGGACGGUCGCCAAGCUCAUGUUGUCGGUCCUUCCGUUGGGGAUUUUGCUUCAUAAUUGCUUUCUCUGUAAUGUAUUUUCACUGGCUCUGUUUGUACAUUAACGAUGCUUUUUAUGUUCAUAUACUGUUUACCUUUAUCAUGAAAUCUGGCAAAAAUAAAAUAUAUUUAUUUUAAAAUA